AUGGUGGGCCGCAUCGUCGAUAAGAUUCAACUUCUUGGGUCCGACAAUAGAAGUCUUAUCAAUGCUCAGACUGUCGAAGGUAUAAUGAAGAUGAGGAGCGAUUUCAGAACCUUCGGGCAGAAUCUCCAACUAUUGCUCCAGCAGAAGUACCAGUGGCUGGAAGAGUGCAUCGCCAUCGCAGCAAAAACUAUCAGCAGAGAUGAUGCCGAGGAGGCGUUCAAAAACGCUCUUCUAAGCGACAAGAUGGUCAGCGAAGAAGCACCUCAAAGCUUAGCGGUGGCGAGGCGAGAAUUCUCUACUUGUCUGCGCCUAAUGAAAGAGGAGGCAUGCAGUGGUCAGCUGUGGUUCUUGGCCGUUUUCAACCGUCUGAGCCUUGAGUCCGGUCACCUCUUGGAAAACAUGAUAUCGGACAAGCUUCAGCGGCGAUUCGGUGGUACGGAGGGCAGGAGAAUAGGCUGGCUACCACCGGUGGCCGAGGAAAGAGACUUUAUCUGUAUCUUUGACGGCAUGGAGCUCCCAUAUGUCAUCCGUCCAGCGGGUAACGGCCGAUACCUCCUCGUUGGUGACUGCAUAAUCAUGGGACUUAUGAUGGGAGAAGGGAUGCAGCUGCCCAAAACGGAGUCGCAGAUAAUAGUGCUUGAAUAG